AUUAAGAUAUUCAAUAAAGCCUUGAGCACAGCAGGGGACGUAUUUACUCAUUCCGGCAUCCUGUCAUUUGCUAGUGUAGCUUUGCCUGACGCGGGUCGAACCGUUAGCGUCCAGUUCGACUGUGUUAUCGGAGAAGAAUGGAGUUAGAGUGGAUCGAGACGAUUGUGAAGAAGCACGAGAAGGAGAAAAGUGUUGCUCGUGUCAUGGCGAAGAAGUGCGAACCGGCCGUGAAGAAAGGCAACAACUAUUGCAGUGAUAUAGUCCGGGCUAAGCUCGAAGUUGUCCUAGGAUCGGGCAAAAAAACCACUAAAUCUGUCAUCUAUAAGCAAAUGCCGAAUAUUGGAACGCAACGAAAAUUUAUCGAGGAAUAUGGUAUUUUCAAGACAGAAAUAAACAUGUAUAUUCAAACGUUAUGUCAAAUGGAGUCUAUUAUGGAAGAUUAUAAUGACACAGAAGAAAAGCUGUGGUGCGAGAUGAUUGGGCACCGGUGCUACGACUUACUAAUUCUUGAGGAUCUUAGCGUGCAAAACUACUCCGUGAUCGACAGAGUAAAGAUGAUGGACAUGGAUCACACCCUCCUGGCAGUCAGGUCCUUGGGAAAGUUUCACGCUGUGUCCAAAGCACUUCUGAUGAAGGGGCUCGCGUCCCAAGAUGUGAUGCGUCCGCACAUUUUAUACAGCGAUGAACGAGCUCUUAAUUUAGCCUUCGUCGGUCCUUUAGAAACAAUAUCCGAAGUAAUAGCAACCGACUGGGGUGUGGAAUGGUCAUCAAUGGCAAAACGUUUGUCUACAGCAAUUGGCAAAAUCGUUGAAACUAUGCUGGGUUUUAAUGAAAUUGACGAAUCGAGAUUGAACGUUAUCAAUCACGGCGAUUGCUGGAUGAACAACAUUUUAUUCAAAUACGACAGUAGGAAAAAUCCAGUCGGGCUGAAGUUUGUCGAUUUCCAAAUGUCCCACUACAACACGUUCGCAUUCGACUUGACGUACUUAGUGUACACCUCGGUACGGCCAGAAAUCCGACGAAAGGAUUAUAUGAAAAUACUGGAAGCUUACCAUGAAUCGCUGGCAUCAAACCUUACCAGAUACGAAAUUCUUGCGAAUCAGAUACCAAGCUUGAACGAUGUCGUAACGGAGAUGGAAAGACUGAGACCGUAUGCGCUUUUUAUAUCAUGCAGCCACUUGCCGAUAAUGAUUGCGCCAGAAACGAAUGCCUUUGAUUUUAGUAAAGUAGGUGAGGACUUCUCAGAUGCAAAAAAUGGCUACAAUAUGUCGAUAUUCAACAACCCGUUUUAUGUAGAAAUGAUGAAAACUGACCUUAUGCAUUUUAGCAACGCAGGCAUAUUGUAAUAUUGAAAAUAAUGGAAUAAUUGAAUUGAACGUUUAUUAAGGUCUAUUUUUACUUUCCUAAGUGAAAAAUAAUAAAUACAAAAAUGCGAAUUCUCCUCGAAAA